AUGUUAAAAUUAAUAAAUCCAUUAAUUAAUUUACCUACACCGUCUAAUAUUUCGUUUAUAUGAAAUUUUGGGUCAUUAUUAGGUAUUUGUUUAUUCACUCAAAUUAUAACAGGUUUAUUUUUAGCUAUAAAUUUUUCAAGAGAUAUUUCUACUGCAUUUUCUAUAAUUUCUCAUAUUCAACGAGAUGUUAAUUACGGAUGAUUAAUUCGCUCUAUUCACGCUAAUGGUGCAUCAAUUUUUUUUAUUUUCAUAUAUAUUCACGUAGCACGUGGAAUUUAUUAUUCAUCUUUUUAUUUUAAAAAAGUAUGAAUAUCAGGAAUCAUAAUCAUAUUUAUUUUGAUAGCAACAGCAUUUUUAGGUUAUAUUUUACCUUGAGGUCAAAUAUCUUUUUGGGGGGCUACUGUAAUUACAAAUUUAAUUUCAGCUAUUCCAUAUAUCGGUAUUUCAAUUACUUAUUGAAUUUGAGGAGGGUUUUCAGUUGACAACAAUACUUUAAUUCGUUUUUUUACUUUACAUUUCAUUCUGCCUUUUAUAUUAUUAAUAUUAACAAUAAUUCAUAUUAUACUUAUUCAUGAAAAAGGCUCAAGAAAUCCCUUAGGAGUAACAAUAAAUUUAGAUAAAAUUCCUUUUCAUCCUUAUUUUACAAUUAAAGAUUUAUUAGGGAUUUUUUUAGUAAUUAUAAUAUUUUCAUAUUUAAUUAUUAUUAACCCUUACAAAUUUAUAGAUGCAGAAAAUUUUAAUAUUGCAAACCCAAUAAUCACUCCACCUCAUAUUCAACCUGAAUGAUAUUUUCUUUUUGCUUAUGCUAUUUUACGAUCAAUUCCUAAUAAACUUGGGGGAGUGAUUGCAUUAUUAAUAUCUAUUGUUAUUAUUAUUAGAUUUUCAUUUUCAAUAAAAAAUAAAAUAUCUUCUUUUUAUUUCAACAUCAUAUUUAAAAUUAUAUUUUGAUUAUUAAUUAAUUGUUUUUUUUUACUAACUUAUUUGGGAGCUAUACCUAUUGAAUAUCCUUUUGAUUUAAUAAGAAAAAUUGUAACAAUUCUUUAUUUUAUAAUUUUUAUUAUAAUUCCUUUAACAU